AUGUGUGUAGCGAUCUCUGAGGGGCUGUGUGUGUGUGUCUCACCUACCACACACACUCCACACUCCUACCUCAGCCCUCACACACUCCCAGCACUUUUGUUUCCCAUGGCGCAGCUGUACGAACCAACAACAGGGUGGUGAGUUUAAUUCCUAUGUAUAUACUGACUCCCCCCUCUCUCUGCUUGUCUCCCCUACAGAGAGCAGCCUAUCUUCAGUACGAGGGCCCAUGUCUUCCAGAUCGACCCCACCACCAAGAAGAACUGGGUUCCCACCAGUAAACACGCAGUCACAGUCUCCUACUUCUACGACAGCACGCGCAACGUCUACCGCAUCAUCAGUCUGGACGGCUCCAAGGUGUGUGUGUGUGUGCGUGUGUGUGCAGCAAAGUUGUAUAAAAGGAGAGGGAAGAUAUUAGAGGAAGAUAUACAAUGUCUUCAGAAAAUAUUCACACCCCUUGACAUUUUCCACAUUUUGUUGUAUUACAGCCUGAAUUAAAAAUGAUGCUAGUGGAAUUAUGUUUUUCAGAAUGUUUACCAAUUAAUUACAAAUAAAAAGCUGAAAUGUAUUGAGUCAAUAAGUAUUCACCUCCUGAGUGGCGCAGUGGUCUAAGGCACUGCAUCGCAGUGCUAACUGUGCCACUAGAGAUCCUGGUUCGAAUCCAGGCUCUGUCGCAGCCGGCCGCGACCGGGAGACUCAUGGGCGGCGCACAAUUGGCCCAGCGUCGUCCAGGGUAGGGGAGGGAAUGGCCGGCAGGGAUGUAGCUCAGUUGAUAGAGCAUGGUGUUUGCAACGCCAGGGUUGUGGGUUCGAUUCCCACGGGGGGCUAAUAUAAAAAAUAAUAAAAUGUAUUCACUAACUGUAAGUCGCUCUGGAUAAGAGCGUCUGCUAAAUGACUAAAAUGUAAUGUAAAUGUAUUCAACCCCUUUGUUAUGGCAAGCCUAAAUAAGUUCAGGAGUAAAAUGUGGCUUAACAAGACAAUAUGUUGCAUGAUGGUGUUUAACAUGAUUUUUAAAUGACUACCUCAUCUAUGUACCCCACACAUACAAUUAUCGGUAAGGUCCCUCAGUUGAGAAGUGAAUUUCAAACACAGAUUCAACCAUAAAGACCAGGGAGGUUUUCCAAUGCAUCACAAAGAAGGGCACCUAUUGGUAGAUGGCAAAAAAAAAGCAGAUAUUGAAUUUCCCUUUGAGCAUGGUGAAGUUACUACUUACACUUUGGAUGGUGUGUCAAUACACUCAGUCACUACAAAGAUACAGGCGUCCUUCCUAACUCAGUUGCCAGAGAGGAAGGAAACCACUCAGGGAUUUCACCAAAAACAAGGCCACAUUUUUUAGGGGGGACAUUCUAAUCAUUUAGUAGAUGCUCUUAUCCAGAGCGACUUACAGGAGCAAUUAGGGUUGAGUGCCUUGCUCAAGGGCACAUCAACUGAUUUUUCUCCUAGUUGGCUCAGGGAUUUGUUCCAGCAACCUUUCAGUUACUGGCCCAAUGCUCGUAACCGCUAGGCUACCUGCUGCCCUAAAUCUACACUGGAGUUGCAUACCAAGAAGACAGGUAAUGUUCCUGAGUGGCUGAGUUACAGUUUUGAAUUAAAUCUACUUGAAAAUCUUGCAAGCCUGAAAAUUGUUGUCUAGCAAUGAUCAACAACCAAUUUGACAGAGCAUGAAGAAUCUUGAAAAGAAUAAUGGGCAAAUAUUGCACAAUCCAGGUGUGGAAAGCUCUUAGAGACUUACCCAGAAAGACUCACAGCUGUAAUCGCUGCCAAAGUGGUGUGAAUACUUAUGUAAAUGAGAUUUCUGUAUUUCAUUUUCAAUAAAUAUUAGCAAAUAUUUCUAAAACAUGUUUUCACUUUGUUGUUAUAGGGUAUUGUGUGUAGAUGGGUGAGAGGGGGAAAAAUCAAUUUAAUCAAUUUUGAAUUCAGGCUGUAACACAACAAAAUGUGCAAGAAGUCAAAUGGGUAUGAAUACUUUCUGAAGGCAUGGUUCCCCCCUCAGCAAGGGGAUUAAUAAUAAUAAUAAUAAUAAUAAUAAUAAUAUGCCAUUUAGCAGAUGCUUUUAUCCAAAGCGACUUAGUCAUGCGUGCAUACAUUUUUGUGUAUGGGUGGUCCCGGGGAUCGAACCCACUACCUUGGCGUUACAAGCGCCGUGCUCUACCAGCUGAGCUACAGAGGAUUAGAGGUGGCACCAGGAAGGCUCCCUCAGGCUCUGGGCACGCAGCACUAUAGAUCCGUUAGAAUCAAUCAUGGAUUGAUGUACACACAUACGUACUUGUGUACUGUAUUCCCUCUCUUUCCCUCACAGGCAGACUUUAAACAUUUGACCGUCCCCACAGACACAGACACAACCAAAGAUUGAAGAAAGUUGCAGUCUCACUCAACACACACACACACACACACUACAUUUCCCACCUGCGUGUGUGUUUCCAUGGCCAGUGGUAGCAGCAGUAGCAACAGAGCCCAUGGUUGGUAGUGGCAUGGGGGCGUUGUGGCCUCUUCUGUUCUGUCGUAACAACGAUUAUUUUAGUCUUCAGAGGGGUGCAGGGGAGGAGGAGCUAUUUUAGCACCACAACGUUAUGUAAAGCUCUCCACACACAGACGCGCGCGCACACACACAAACACACACUCUCUCCACUGCGCCCUCCACUGCUUUGUAUGUGACCCUUGGUGCUGUAGGGCUAGCGAAUGGGUGAACGCAACUGUGGGGUUACUGUGCUGGAAAUAGCAGGGAGAGGGUGUGCUGUGGUGGGGUGCUGCCUGCCUGCUACCCUGUCACUCUAGGAUAUACUCGUCAUCAACAUCCACACAGCCCAAAGUAACUACAUAGACACACACAACUUUACACACACAGAGAACUUUACACACACACACACAACUUUACACACACAGAACUUUACAUGGCGCUAACAGUGUGCCUCGCCCACCCUCCCUCACCCCACCUUCCUCUCUCCCUCACCCCUCCCUCUCCCACUGUGGUCGAUGCCAGUAGAGUCAAUCAGCCUCACUGGGGCCUCUCCUCUCAUUGAUAGCUUCCUGUUUACCAAUCAAUGGGGAUGUAACACGCACACACACACACACACACGCGUACUCACACACCAAUAAACACACACACACACACUUUUUGUCUGACACAAACACAGAUGGAUAACACAUAUCUAGUCAUUGCUGAUGGCAACCGUCCAGAAAACAACAAGCCCGCUCAUCUUUUAGGCAAAUGGGUCAGCAUUGCUUUUGUGACUCAUACAACUCCUCUCUCCUUCCCCAGGCAAUCAUCAACAGCACCAUCACCCCCAACAUGACCUUCACCAAGACCUCCCAGAAGUUUGGCCAGUGGGCCGACAGCCGAGCCAACACCGUCUACGGCCUGGGCUUCUCCUCAGAGAACCACCUGCUCAAGGUACACACACACACAUCGCCACGCUUGAGCUCACAAACACACCACAUACAUACACACACAGACUGAUUUAGUCAGUGUUGUCUGUGUCAUUGUGGUUCUUUCUCAGUUUGCAGAGAAGUUUGCAGAGUUUAAGGAGGCGGCCCGGUUAGCCAAGGAGAAAUCCCAGGAGAAGAUGGAACUCACCAGCACCCCCUCUCAGGUAAUCCCAACAAUGCACACCCCUACCUCAGAUGGGAUAGUUCACCGACACUACUUACUCACAUUGAUUAAAAAAAACAUGUUUCCUCACAUUAAAUGUAGUCUUUGGACCAGUAUAGACUGAAAAGCACUUGUUGUUUUUGUAUAACCCACCACUAACGUUAACAUGUUUUACCAGAAAACAAGGGGAGUGAAUGGACCCCAAGUGAUUUAGGUAUCACAGGAAGUGAUUGGAAACACUACCUGCAAAAGCACUACUCUUGGAUGAGACGUUAAACUAAUUCCUAAUGGGAGUGUCUGAAGCCAUUACUCUCAUGGCAAGACUAUAGUGUGUUAACGCCAGUGUCCUGGCUAAACUCCCAACCUGGCCACCUAACCAUCCCCAGCUUUCAAUUGGCUCAUUCAACCCAUCUCUUCUCCCCUGCAACUCUUCCCCAGGUCGCUGCACUAAAAAAGAAUGUGCUCUCAGUACCUCCCAAAGUACCUCCCAAAGUACCUCUCAGAGUACCUGUAAAAAAGAAGGUAAAAUGGAAUCAAAAUCAUUGUCAUCUGACCCCAGUGUCCGAUAACCCUCCUGCUUCGCCCUCUUACCCCAGUCCAGUGUUGAUAUCCCCAACUACCCCAGGCUAACACACUCCAGCCCUUCAGGGGGUCUCCCCACAAUGUUGUCACUGCUGUAUCUUAGAAAAAUGGACAGAAAUUACAAUUGCUUUUGUCCAUUAUACAGUUUAUACAGCAUACUGUAUAUUUAACCUAGAAUUGAGGUGUUGAAUGGCACUGUUCCACUCUUUGGGGAGAACCCUGCCCUCCGUUGUGGAUUAACAACCCCUCUCUCUCCCAUCCUAAUGUCAGAUUAACACAUAGAUUAAUUAAUCCCUUCUCAGUCUCAGAUUAACUCUGAUCUCCGAGUGUCAAAUAUGCUCCCAUAAAGCGAUGUUUCUUUUUUCAAGUGAGAAAACAACAAGCUCACUUGAAAACACAUAGGCCUACUCACUUGAGAGAAACAAAAAACAUCACUUUCUGUGGAGUGUAACUCAUUGUGCAGGUAUUCUCUCCACAUGACAUCAGUCUUUUCUUUACUCAGCACCUGAGAACAUAUAAAAAGAGUUAAUAUGUAUUUCUGUUACAAUAACCUUAUUGUUUACAUCAUGUCAGGAGUCGGCCACCGGUGACCUGCAGUCACCUUUGACCCCGGAGAGCAUCAACGGCACUGAUGACGAGAGGGGCACCACCCCCGAAACGCCGCAGCACCCCCCUGAGCCCCGUGCCGAGCCUUCUCAGAACCAACUGCCCUUCUCCCACAGGUAAGAACCAGGCUCUGAAGCCAGGGGCUGGAGUAGGAUGUCAAGCCCAAAGAGUGUGCACCUCAGUGGGCCAAGGCAUGGUCAGUCAGUGGGUGAAGGCUGAAUAAAUG